UGUCUGUGACGCAACCGGACGUGACGCAAGCUGAAAGCUUUCCUGGCGCCCGGCAAACCUCCAGUCAUUCCCUGUCUAAUUUGAAUCGUUCGUGUUCGCACGCUGUGAGGCGGGCAGCGGAGGGUCACCAUGGCAGCCUUCUUCCUGGAGCCGCUGGGUGGAGAACCAAUGGCGUUAGGAUCACCAACUUCUCCUAAACCUGGUGCCAGUGCCCAGUUUCUGCCUGGUUUCUUAAUGGGCGACAUACCAACACCAGUAACCCCACAGCCACGUCCGUCAGGAGUUAUGGAGAUGCGUACCCCGUUAAUAGGAAGUGGCACCCCUCAGCCUCUGGUCCCUACUCAUAAAGAUAAGAGUGGUGCACCCCCAGUUAGAAGUAUUUAUGACGACCUUUCAAGCCCGGGUCUUGGUUCUACACCUUUAAGUUCCAGAAAGCCGACCAGUUUUUCUGGAAUGCAGACCUCUCACGCUGGGGUAAUGCCAUCGACUCCAUGUGCAUCUACAAGUGUAUUCAGUCCGGCAAACUUUGGGCAAAGUAGAAAAUCAACACUGUCACCUGCUCAGCUGGAUCCCUUCUACACACAGGGAGAUGCUCUGACGUCUGACGACCAGCUAGAUGAUACGUGGAUAACAGUUUUUGGGUUUCCUCAGGCCUCUGCUUCUUAUAUUUUGCUGCAGUUCGCUCAGUAUGGCAAUGUAAUAAAACAUGUGAUGUCAAACACUGGAAACUGGAUGCACAUACAGUACCAAUCUAAGUUACAGGCCAGGAAGGCAUUAAGUAAAGAUGGCAGGAUAUUUGGUGAUUGUAUUAUGAUUGGUGUGAAGCCUUGCAUUGAUAAGAGUGUUAUGGAAAGCAGCGAGAAAUCUUCAGUUUCUUCAUACUCUUCAGUUUUUACACCACCAGUUAAAACCAUAGGUACUCCCACUCAACAAGUUGGUACUCCAAGAUCCGCAAUGAGACCUCUUGCUGCGGCUUACAAAGCUUCAACUAGUGACUACCAGGUAUUAUCUGACAAACAGACGCCAAAAAAGGAUGAGAGUAUUGUAUCUAAAGCAAUGGAGUAUAUCCUUGGAUGGUGAUUGGCUUCCAGCUGCUAUGUGCCAUCGCUAGAUGAAUAAAUUCCCUGCCACAUUUCUUGGUUAGUUCUAUAACCGCGUUUUGGCAGGUUACCUAUGGCGAGAGAUAUAUGCCUUUUAUACCUAAUUUGUACAGAUGCAAAUACAAACUUCUGACUCUGCUGCCCUGUUAUCUGAUCUACAUACGUAGAAGAAUGAAUUGCUCUUUUGUACCUCGUUACCUGGCCAUCAUCUGGUUAAAGAAUGUAAUCUAUAUAAUAUAUAGCAGAACAUGGAUACGUGACCAGCCAAUUCCUAUGAACCAUGGAAAACCUCAUGUGCAAAAGUUUAACCGAAGAUCAUCUUUCUCACCGUCGGACCUGCCAAUAAUUCACCGUUUUGUAUAAGGCAAACACAUGCACUACUCAUUCAACUAAAAUCAAGUGAUUGUAAUCCUUAUUCACCUGUCCUAUUAUUUUAUGUCAUUGAUUUUAAUAAUUUGUAUCGAGUCUGUUGCUUUAACACAUUUUACUGUUUUACUAUUCUAAUAAAUGUUUUGACUGCCAAA